CGAUGUCUUUGUCUUUCUCACCCAACACCACCAACAUGGCUUCAAUUACUAAAACCCUUCUACCCAUGGCUGCUUCUCUUGCAGCUUCAGCUAUGCUCGUUCGAACGAUAAUGCGAGACUUCUUACCUCACGAAGUUCAAGAUUACAUCUUCUCUGGUCUCCGGAAACUGAUCAACAAUUUCUCCUCUCAACAAACCAUCGUCAUUGAAGAAUUCGAUGAGCUCACCAACAAUCAAAUCUAUGAAGCUGUUGAGAUUUACUUAGGCAACAAGGUCUCGCCCUCCAAUCGCCAAACCCUAAGAAUAAGCAAAUCCGAUAAGGAGAAGAACAUCAAGAUCGCAAUGGGAAGAAACGAAGAGAUUGUGGAUACCUUCGAUGGUAUUCAAUUCAAAUGGAGAUUGGUUUGUAGGCAAGUUGAAUCCAAGGUUUUCCACAACCCGCGUGAUCUCAAUUCAACAUUUCGAUCUGAGAUCCGAUCCUUUGAGUUCAAUUUUCACAAAAAGUACAAGGAUAUGGUGUUUGAUUCUUACUUGCCACAUAUAUUGAAGAAAUCGAAAUCCAUGAAAGAAGAGAACAAGACAGUGAAGCUCUUCACCGUGAAAUAUGAACGUGUGUACCAUAAUUUGGGAGACACUUGGAGUUCCGUGAAUUUGGAUCAUCCAGCAACUUUUGAAACACUGGCGAUGGAUAUGGAGCUCAAGCGGAAGAUAAUGGAAGAUUUGGAGAGAUUUGUUCAGAGAAGAGAGUUCUAUAGGAGAGUCGGAAAGGCUUGGAAACGUGGGUAUCUGCUAUAUGGUCCACCUGGGACGGGCAAGUCAAGCUUGAUCGCUGCCAUGGCCAAUUACCUCAACUUCGAUAUCUAUGACUUGGAGCUCACUGACCUUCGCUGCAACUCAGAGUUGAGAAGAUUGUUGCUUGCAACAGCAAACCGAUCUAUACUUGUUGUUGAAGACAUCGAUUGCACGAUUGAGUUGCAAGAUCGGCUUGCUAAGGCCAGAGCCGCCACACAACCGCUUAGAUUUCAUGAGGGCAACGGCCAGGUGACACUAUCAGGGCUACUAAAUUUUACGGAUGGCUUAUGGUCAAGUUGUGGAGAUGAGCGGAUCAUUGUAUUCACAACCAACCACAAGGAUCGGCUAGACCAAGCAUUGCUUCGCCCCGGCCGCAUGGACAUGCAUGUUCACAUGUCAUUCUGCACACCUUGCGGGUUCAAGCUUCUUGCCUUUAAUUAUCUUCAAAUUCAUGAACAUGAACUCUUCCAAGAGAUUGAAGAGCUCAUAGAGAAAGUGAAGGUCACCCCUGCAGCGGUUGCUGAGGAACUCAUGAAGAAUGAGAAUCCCAAAAUUGCACUUGAAGGUCUAAUUGAAUUGCUCCGAUACAAGAAAGAACAUGACGAUGAAGUCAAUACCGCAGAACCAGAGAUAGAGGCACAAGACCAGCAAGAAAAGGAAGAUCUCAAUAUGAUCCCAUCAUAAAAAUCAU